GCAGACCACGUGAGACCAAUACGAGGGGAAUCGUUUGUUUCAAAUGCCCUUCAAAGGCCUUGUUGGCGUACAUACACGUACACGGUACUAGAUAAGCAUUGCAAUCGAUGGAAAACAGAUCGCCAUAUCAAUGCGGAAGUCAACGAUAGGUCGCGGAAAAAUAAACAGUCUAUAGGUUAUUUUUUUCCCAUGAUGAUGGAUUGUGUGUCUGAUCCUGAUGCACCCUAUACUCGAUUCCAAAAUUUUCUUAAAAGAACCAAUCUACAAAAUUUCGUGCGCCGUGAAUAGUUUGCAUCACGAAACGAAGGGUCACUCAUCCCGCCUGAAGGGUUUUGUCAGGAUGCGUAUCAAGGACGGGGUUUCCAAAGGUUAUACACACCCUGUAGACCUUGAAUUAAAUAGACAACACGAGGAAGAUGUUGUUUUUCUACCUGGGCGUAAAUGUAUGCUGCAAUAUUCCAAGACCUGAUACUAGGCAUACGAAUAUAUAACGCGCUCCUUUCAUCACUAGCUGAUGAAAACCGAUUAUCCGGGAUAAGAGGGAUGGACUGGUGCGUGCUCGGGACGUUUUUAUCAUCACACCGGCGUGAAUGCGCAGUAAAUGGUGUUAUGGCGAAGCACGGACUGAAACCGAAAGGUAUUUAGUUGAAAUUGUUUGCUCACCGGACCAUGGGAAUACAUGGAGACUUUGUAUUUUUCACUCCUUUCAAUCGUAACAAUCUUUAAAAUUUUAUGCGCCAAACGAUCUCACAUCUCAAAUGCCUAAAACGUGAAACAGCUGACUCUCGUCGGGAGGGUGAAAUGAUAGCAUACGUAAUAUGACGCUUGUGAUUAUAACCCGGGACCACGCUAGAGGCUGUUUUUGUUACAAAUGCGUAGGGUAGUACAUACCCCGUCAUACUCGCCCUUUUUAUUGACAUGACUCGUACUGUACCCGCUCGUAAACUGCGUGGCAGUGGCACGCACAAACCGAAAAGGGAAAAGAGUCGCCAUGCAGCACCUGCAUGUGCUUCUCUACGGCGUCAGUUCCAGCCGCCAGACUGUCUGGCGUCAACUUAGAUAGCGAGAGUCAUUCGGCCUUUGCAGUCGUGCUGAUGUUACCCGGUCAGUAGCAACGUAAAUCCCGAGUAUACACAAUGCGGAAGUGACUGCAAAGCCGCGCAGGAUCAUCUCUUUACAUUAUCCCCCAUCAAAUAGAUUUCUUCCGUUGUAAUUGUUUGGCACCAUUUUGACACAACUCGUUCACCCUUGAAAAAUGAACAUUGAGGCCAACAGAAGCGCAAGAGGCGAGAGGAAAGAGUCGCGGAUUGGCAAUGGCGAUAGCGUCGUUCCAAUCCUGUGCACAAGAAGAGGCGACAGGAAAGAGUCCCGUGUGGGUAAUGGAGGAUGCAACAUCUUGGAUAAGAUCCCGCCAGUCCUCAGUGCGAAAAGAAGUGACAGGAAGGAAUCCCGGACGCUGAAUGGCGCGACGCAUAUCGCGGACAACAUCUCUCCGGCCGACAGCUCUCGUCUGAUGUUGGGAAUUCGCGAGAGAGCCGCUUCGCGUCAGAUCCAGCACAUGGCCUUGGUCACAGCCAACGGAAGUAAACCCAUCACAGAGUCCAUCGCCGUUGCAUUGAGACGAAUCGUUUUCGGUGAGUGUCCGGCGCCAAUCAAGACCGAAUAUUUUAUGAGAGGGCCAGGACUAGUUUUUCGGGAAGCGGAGCGGGAUCUUGGUUACGCUUUGAGGGUGAGUCACGCAGCUGGACUGCCGAUCACCAAUUCCUUAAUGAUGGCCAUACAAACACAUAUCUUGCGUAUUCUGUUAUUUGAUGUCAGACCAGUCAGGGUAUACCAACCCGAUCCUCUGAAACCGUCUUUCUCAAUGCAACAAGAAGCACUCUGUACGGCAAUCACCGAUAUCAUUUGGAAAGCGGGCGGGAGCCAAUACGGAGUACUCUGCUUGCCACAUCCUACUCACACUCACGUCGAGGAAUCCGAUCUUUUCAACGCAGACGGUGUAACGGAAAAACUAAACCUACUUGAGUGCCACAACCGAGAAGAACUUCAAUAUUUUGUAAGACGCAAUCUGUUCUUGUUUCAACAAGACCCCGGACCCGCUUUGAUACUUCUAAUUUACAGUGCCGUCCUGUCAAGAAGAAUAGAAAUGAUCGCAGAAGAUAUGGGGGCGCGCUGGAUAAGCGCGACGAAUUCCUUUCACACAAGUCUUGUGAAUUAUUCUGGCGAAAUUAGUUUUAGCGUGAUUAACCUGUUCUUGGGAGGCAGAGCUUCUCCGUACCUGUACAAUGGAACGCAUUACCAUGAAGAUAAAGACAACGCUAUGAUCGCCGAGCCUGGAAUUCAUUUGCGAUCGCCCAUCGGACUACUGAUUUGGAUGCGCAACGAAGAGAAAACAGCCUCGUACAAAUUAGGCUCGCGAUUAAAAACGCCAAUCUACCCCAUUUGGCUGAUCGUCGCGUCAGAGCAGAGUGGGGUGCUAUUUAGCGACGAUCGAGAUCUACUUCGAGACUACCGUUCAGAAAUAAGGUUCCAGUUACACUAUUACACAAGUACGCAAAACCAAUUGACUCCUGCUGUGCUUCUUAUCCGAACGAGGAUGCUACUCGAGGUACCGGAAGAAGAAGUCUCACUUCCCAUGUUAGACAAAGUGAUCAGAACCAAGUGGAGUGGAGCGCGUGUUACUUGGAAUGGCCUAACGCCCUUUUUUUAAAAAAAUAAAGAUGCCUAUAUUAUUCUUAUAGACUUUUGUAUGACGCCAUUAAAUCACCAAAGAAAAUAUUUAUGAAAGUCGCUCCAGAAAAUACACGCGCCAUCGUGGUAGCAUUUUAAUCGAGAUGCACUGGUUUGUUGUUGCUCAAUUUCACGUUCACGUUCCAAGAUUAUUCGUUUUUUGAACGCCGGCAACGAGCGCGAGUCCUCUGUUGGCGUGAUUACAUAACAAUGCAAGGGGUUUUUGGUAUUUCCAAUGUAGCCGCCUCGCGACCCAACAAUGAACAAACAAUAUCGUCUACCAUUCAGUUACAGUUUUUGUCGUCACGAGGAGUAUCGGAUCGAGCAGUCAAAGUCUUUGUCGUUAUUGUGUCA